AGUAUCCCCUGUCGAAUAAACUUGGUGGUACGGACAUUAGUGUGACAGUCAUUUGACUGAAUUUGACAACUACAAAAUAUUGCAGAGGCGUAAUGGCAUAAGUCGCUGUCACUCGCGUCAUAUUUAAUAGCUUCCACAAGUGUCCACAAGUUACACAGACCAACAAAACCACGAUAUGUCUUCAUCACAUUGGCCUAAGCUGCUGUUGAAAUCACAUCAAUGCCACCAAACACUUCUCGGCAAGACCACUUGUAUUUGUUCAAGUAGCCCAAAUCUGAGACAUUACACAGUCAAAAAUCAGUCCAGAAGGAGAGUAGCAAUUACUGGAAUAGGCCUUGUCUCUCCUCUCGGGACAGGAACUACUUUACCCUGGAACCAACUGAUUAGUGGGGUCAGUGGUAUUGUCACUCUUGACUCUGAGACGUAUAAGACAAUCCCCUGUAAAGUCGCAGCCCUGGUGCCCCGAGGGGAUGGAGAUGGCCAGUUCAAAGACGAGAGGUUUGCCACCAGAGGAGAGAUUAACAGCAUGUCACCAGCCACUGUUAUGGCUCUUGGUGCUGCCCAGCUGGCACUGGCGGAUUCUGGGUGGUACCCUAGCACCAUCGAGGAGCAGCUCAACACGGGGGUGGCGGUGGGGAUGGGCAUGGUUUCGCUGGAGGAGAUCGCCAAAACAUCAGCCCUCUUCCAGGAAAAAGGCUACAGCAAGGUCAGCCCCUUCUUUGUGCCUCGUAUCCUGGUCAACAUGGCUGCUGGCCACAUCAGCAUAAAGCACCAGCUGAAAGGCCCCAACCAUGCCGUGUCCACUGCCUGCACCACGGGAGCCCAUGCCCUCGGUGACGCAGCCAGAUUCAUCGCACACGGAGACGCAAUUGCCAUGGUAGCGGGCGGGACAGAAGCGUGCGUCGGACCUCUGUCCAUCGCUGGAUUUGCCAGGGCAAGGGCUCUGAGUACCCACUGGAAUGAUCAGCCCAGACUGGCGUCGCGACCCUUCCACCCGGAGAGGGAUGGCUUUGUGAUGGGUGAAGGAGCUGCCGUGGUGCUCCUGGAAGAAUGGGGGCAUGCUCUGGGGAGGGGGGCCAGGGUGUAUGCUGAGGUGCUGGGGUACGGACUCUCCGGGGAUGCCAGUCACAUUACAGCCCCCACUGCUGACGGAGACGGAGCCCUCAGGUGCAUGUCUGCAGCACUUCGAGACGCGGGCGUGGAACCAACGGACGUGACAUACAUAAACGCUCAUGCCACCUCUACACCACUAGGGGACGCUGCGGAGAAUGCUGCCAUCAAGAGACUCUUCCAGGAGCAUGCCGGUGCCUUAGCCGUGUCCUCCACUAAAGGGGCGACAGGGCAUCUCCUGGGGGCCGCUGGGGCUCUUGAGGCUGCUUUUACUGCUCUGGCCUGCUACCAUGGCACCUUGCCGCCCACGCUCAACCUGGACCGGACAGAGCCAGAUUUUGACCUGAACUAUGUGCCGUGUGUGUCACAGCAGUGGAAGAGCGAGGGCAGGCGGGUGGCUCUUACUAACUCUUUUGGAUUUGGGGGGACUAAUGCCUCACUGUGUCUGGCCAGUGUCUGAAUAGACUGAAGGAUUCACUUCCCCGCUGGUGUAUGUUGGUUUAGAUUUCUUCAACAGUUUCUUCAUUGUUGCCUAGUAUCUAGGUCUCCAAAUGUUGACUAAUGGCACAUAGCAGGGUAAAGGCAAUUUGAGAUCAUGGAAUUGUAAUCAAUGUUUGCGUAUUGAACCUUUUGAAAUACUAUAACACACUUUGCUUACUUGAUUAUCAGUAGCAUGUUUAUUUGUCACCUGCAGGUGGCGCCAUAUCACUUAGAGGAUAUGCCUGGAGAGGUUACCAAUGGCAAGUUAGACCCAGCCCACUAAUAAACAUUUGGUUGGUAAUAAAGUGUAAUUUCCCCA